AUGGCCUCAUACGAGGACGACGAUUAUUAUGAUCCUGAAGAGGAUGUCUACGAAGAAGAGGAGGACGAUGGUCUAAGCCCAGAGGAUAAGAUAUCCAUGGCCAUUGGUACUGAAGAGGUUCAAAAGGCGCUUGGGGAGGAAGUCAGCAAGGUGUCUGUGCCGCAAAUACAGGAAGCUCUCUGGCACUAUUUCUUCGACGUCGAGAAGUCGGUCGGUUACCUUCAAAGGACUUUUAUUUCUCCAACUCCCAAGCCUACUCCUAAGAAGUCGGCACCUGAAGCUGCUGCCUGUGGUGGCGCCAACGGAGCAGGCCUACGAGGGAGCAAUUGUGGCGGGUAUAGUGCAGGACAAGGUUCUUUUCAGAGAUUCGCAUUUCCCAUUGUUGAAGUCCCAAUACUUCCAAUGGAGGCAUAUUUUCUAGAUAUGCCAUGGCUACGGACGCCUACCGACAGGCAUACUACCUUUAUCGCCCCUUGCACUCCACGUGGAGGCUUGCUAGGUGGUGGCGACGGUGCUCCCAAAUUGUCCAAACUUCAAGCUUUAGCCGCUGCUAGAAAGAAGAAGACGCAAGAAAAAGAACUUCAAGCAGAGAAAGGGCUGCAAGAUUUAUCAAUAUCCUCUCAGAAGUCAGCCAGACAAACAAACGCACCGUCUGCCUCAGCAUCGUCUACACCAACUCCUAUGCAAAAGAGGAGUCAUCUUGAACCAGAACCUUCGUCAACCGCAUCAGAUAUUAUAUCAUACAACGCUUCAGAUGAACCAUUGCAUGGCAUGGAAGCCCAGGUCAAUGUACUUGGUCAGCGCCCAACGCCGUCCGCAUUUGCUCAAACUUUGAUUGGGCCUGCUCCAGGGGGUGGCCAGAAACAGAAACAGGAUAUUUUUGCCAUGUCAUAUGCAUCGUCACCGACAUACCUUGCCUCUGCAUUCUCCGAGCCUAGUCCAGACGAUGUUGUGCUCGCAGCGCAGGCGAAAGCCGGUAAAAAGGUUACUCCAGGUCCCAAAGCGGCACCUAAGAGGAAAACCGAUGGCGGGUCGAAAGCUGACGACAAGACGGACGACAUUGCGAAAAAGGUCGCCGGUUUGAAAGUCAACGCUGUGCCACCACCAAAAACAAAGGGACUGGACGUUGUCAAGGAAUAUGAGAAGAGCGGUGCUAAGAAGUCUACUAGCUUCGUGGUUGUCGGUCAUGUCGACGCCGGCAAAAGCACUUUGAUGGGCCGCUUGCUGGUGGACUUGAAAUAUGUUGACCAAAGAACCGUCGACAAAUACAAGCGACAAGCCGAGAAGAAUGGUAAACAGUCCUUCGCUCUAGCCUGGGUCAUGGAUCAGCGGAGCGAAGAGCGGGAGCGUGGUGUCACCAUUGAUAUCGCUACCAACUAUUUCGAAACCGACAAGACCAAGUAUACUAUCCUCGACGCACCUGGCCACCGCGACUUUGUUCCCAAUAUGAUUGCUGGCGCAAGUCAGGCAGAUUUUGCCAUCCUGGUCAUUGAUGCCAAUAUCGGCGCCUAUGAGAAAGGCCUCAAGGGCCAAACUCGAGAGCAUAUUCUGCUUUUGCGAAGCCUCGGCCUGCAACGUGUUAUUGUGGCUGUCAACAAGCUCGACAUGGUGGGAUGGUCAAAAGACCGCUUCGAAGACAUUACUCAGGAGGUCACGGGCUUUUUGACAGGCCUUGGCUUCCAAGACAAAAAUGUCGACUUUGUUCCUAUUUCCGGGUUGGAUGGUGAGAACAUUGUCAAGGAUAUCACUGCCCCGGCGGCCUCUUGGUAUCAGGGGGGGACUCUGCUGGAUGCUUUGGAGGGCUCGGAACCAACUACGGUUCGAGCGCUCAAGAAGCCUUUCCGCAUGGCUAUUUCCGAGAUUUUUCGCUCCAUGCAGCAAGGUACGACAACGUUGGCUGGUCGUAUCGAUUCGGGAACCAUACAGAUUGGCGACUCGCUCGUGGUGCAGCCUAGCGGAGAAACGGCUUAUAUCAAGUCCAUCAUGGUCGACACGGACGCUCAAGAUUGGGCCGUUGCAGGGCAAAAUGUCAGCAUCGCGCUUACUGAUAUUGAUCCGAUUCACAUUCGUGCUGGUGACAUCUUAUGUCACGCAGCCAAGCCCAUUCCUUGCAGCGAUACUUUUACCAUCAAGGCUAUGGCGUUUGAGCAUCUGAUGCCCAUGCCGAUUGACCUCCAUCGUGGCCGCCUACAUGCGCCUGGCCAAAUACUAAGCAUGACUGCCUCGCUGGAUAAGGCCACGGGAGAGGUCAUCAAGAAGAAGCCCAAGGUGAUCCAGCCAGGUGGUGUCGCCAGAGUCGUGAUCAAACUCGCCGAGAAGGUUCCGCUAGAAGCAGGCCAGAGAGUGGUUCUUAGAGCUGGAGGUGAGACUAUUGCUGCCGGCCUUCUAGAAUAG